GGUGCAAUGUGACGUAAAGGUCGCAAUUUUUUACUCCGGUACAAAUUUCCUAUUUAAAUUUAAAACAAAAACAUGUUGAGCAAUAAGUUAAAAAUAAGUUAUUUUUGUAUUUUAAUAUUUAUACCGUGGACUCGAUCCAUUAAAAGAUUAGGUGGAUUAAAUGUGAAUAAAAAGCUAGUAACUUUGUCCGGAUUUUCCAGCGGGGGAACUUUCGCUCAACAAUUGUACAUUUCCCAUUCGUCCAUGUUUUCAGGGAUUGGUGUAUUUUCUCACACGUUUUACCGAUGCGGACCAGGAAAUGGGGUUCUUGCGGAUUAUGACGCCACCUGCACAAAAACGGUAGACCAGAGAAAUCCACGGCCUAAGGUGGAGUACCACCCGAGUAAUGCGGUUGUCGAUAUUCACGCAUAUUUUUAUCGAGGUCUGAUCGACAAUCCGUACGUGCACAUUGCUCGGAAACCUCUAUAUGUGUUCGCGGGGACGAAGAAUUAUCUUUUUACGACAGAUAUGAGCUUACGGAUAUUGCACGUUUUUAAGCCCUUCAUUAAAGACAAGAAGGCUAUCAGAGUGCGUGUAGAGGCGGCAAAUUUGACCUUGCCGACUAAUCGAAAAGAUCUCCCAGGAUGCAGUGAACCUACGAAUACCAUUCAAAUUUCAAAUUGCGGAUUCAGCGGGGCACUGGACGCUUUAACAUUUAUUUUGGGGCAUGAUUUAAUUAGACCGCCGACGGCUGAUGUGAAACUGAACAAAUUGCUGGAAUUUGAUCAGACCGAUUUCUACGGGGAGGACGAUGACAAAAGGAACGAUAUGGAUUCGGUUGGAUAUUUUUAUAUUCCGCGGGUUUGCUAUGGUAACAAAGUCGAAUGUCUGCUGCACAUCUACUUUCACGGUUGCAUGACGGGAAGGGAAUUUGUCGGCCCUUACCACAUUUUAAACAGUGGAUUCUUACAAGUCGCAGAGAUGAAUGGGAUUAUCAUGAUCUUCCCGCAGGCAGUGUCCAGCAAGGAAAAUAUGAUCGGUUGCUGGGAUACGUUCGGUGUGACAGGAGAACUUUACGCGACAAGAGAAGGUGCACAGGUAUCCGUGGUCAAGAACAUGUUGGAUAAAAUUUUGAGCAAAGAAUUUCCUAACUUUGGCCCACCUCCAAGAAGGCGACAGCAGCAAUCAAAUGCCCCAUCGCUUUCCAAUAUUUUUAAACGCUUUACAACUAUACCGAAGUUUAACGUAAUUAUUAAAAAAUGAUUUGGUUGAGUUAUCAAAAAUGUGAGUGUCCGUGAUUGCCACAGAUACAUAUAAUACACACGUACAUGUGUGUGUAACAUUUAUGAAUCCUUGAAGUUUUUAUCCCUAUGGAGUACUGCAAUUACAGAUGGACAUAAAACUUUUACGUCUGUAUACCAUAUGUAUUUAAAACAAUUCUAGAUAUUUGUACUUGGACUGAGGAUGAGUCGUUUUAGAGUAAAAAAAAUGUAUUGCUUUACAUCAAGGAAGCAUUUGUUUUAUGUUCA